CAUAAAUACCCCAUUCUCACUUCUCCAACCCUCCUUACCUCUCUUCAUUAAUUUACUCUCUCUCUCUUUCUAAACCCAUCAUUACCAACUCAUCACCAACGCAAAUUAAAGUCACAAACUUCUUUCACUAUUUUAUUUUCCUUUCCCAUCUCUUUUUUCGUUCUUUCUUUCUUGUCCAUCAUUCAAACAAAUUUUAAUAUGGUGGUGCCCUCUCCAACCCCACUUGACACCGAAAAAGUUCGAGCUGUCGACCUUCCUAUCAUAGACCUUUCGGCACAGAGAUCAGAGGUGUCAAAGCUCAUUGUUAAGGCGUGUGAUAACUUUGGUUUCUUUAAGGUCAUCAACCAUGGUGUCCCAAAUCACAUUAUAGCUAAACUUGAACAUGAGGGUCUUAGUUUCUUUGCCAAACCUGUGCCUGAAAAGCUACGAGCUGGCCCGGCUAAUCCCUUUGGCUAUGGCUGCAAGACCAUUGGUUUAAAUGGAGAUAUGGGAGAGAUUGAAUAUCUUGUACUUAAUACUAAUCCUCUCUCCAUUGCUGAGAGAUCCAAAACCAUCUCCGAUGACCCUUCGAAAUUCAGUUCUAUUGUGAGUGAUUAUAUUGAAGCAGUUAGAGGUUUGGGGUGUGAGCUUUUAGAUCUAAUGGCAGAGGGGCUAUUGGUCACAGACACCUCAGUUUUCAGCAGGUUGAUCAGGGACGUUGAUUGUGAUUCAGUCCUCAGGCUCAAUCACUAUCCACCUGUACAAGUGGACUGUAAUGAUAGGGACACGUCACACCCUUAUGAUAAUAGAAAUAAGGUUGGAUUUGGAGAGCAUUCUGACCCUCAGAUCUUGACCCUGCUUAGAUCAAACGAUGUGGGUGGCCUCCAAAUUUCUAUAGAAGAUGGGGUGUGGAUCCCAGUCACACCUGACCCCAAUACCUUUUGUGUUAACGUGGGCGACGUGUUACAGGUUAUGACAAAUGGAAGAUUUGUAAGCGUUCGACAUAGGGUACUAACAAAUUCAUGCGAGUCUAGAAUGUCAAUGGCUUAUUUUGGGGCUCCUUCCCUACAAACAAGGAUAACUGCACCUCCAGAAUUGGUCACACCCAACAGGCUCUCUCUCUACAGGCCCUUCACUUGGGCUGAAUACAAGAAAGCAUCAUACUCCUUACGCCUUGGGGAUAGGCGUCUUGAGCUUUUCAGGAAAUGCAUUGAAGACUGAGUUGCUCCCUAAAUUUACUGCAAGUUCCAUGAUAUGAAGGUUUUUUUUUUUUUUAGUUUCUCUUUUUCUUUUUUUUGCAGGGUGGGUUGGGGUUGCUCUUGAAGGCUAUACAAAUUUUCCCAUAGUUUUGCUUAUGGAACUAUAUUAUAGACUUACAAUCUCGAAAUGGGAAAAGAGAUUUGUAGCAGGGUGGGUUGGGGUUGCUCUUGAAGGCUAUACAAAGCUUCCCAUAGUUUUGCUUAUGGAACCAUAUAUUAUAGACUUUUAAUCUUGAAAUGGGAAAAGAGAUUUGCAGCA